UCCUCAUAUACAUGCACCUCGAUGCAAAGGCCAUUGGUAGUCGAUGGCCUAUGGCGCUGCCUAUGUCCAGCUUUCAGACCAAAUGUUUCCAGCAAAACGCUCCGAGCACCCUUCCAACAGUCGGUCAGAACAUAUCAGCAACCUUACACACAAGGAAGGAAGCGCCGUACAGACACAAAAGGGCUGUUAGCCAACGGAAAGCCUAGAGUGACAAAAGCCGGGGAACCCCCAUGGCGACCGAAAGAGAGUAGACCUGAAGAUUACCACCACGCCGAUGAACCAACCGAGCAAUUGUAUGGAAGGCUCCAUACGUACGCGGCAGCGGGGAACUUUUAUGAAGUCAAGGAUGCUGUUCAGUAUCUUAUACAAGGUCGCGGAGAGAAGCUCAAUGCCAGGUUAUACUCAGCCAUGAUCCUCGCGAACGUGCACCCGCUACAUGGUCAUGCAGGAAGAGUAUCGUCGCUGUUGUCAGAGAUGGAGAAUGAAGGGAUAGAGGCAGAUGCAGGUGUAUGCCAUGAUGUUCUCCAGGCGCUUGCAGUUCAUCCCAAUGCUAUCCUACGCAGCGAAGUCCUCGAGUAUAUGCAGGAGAGGUGGUUACAGUUGUCAGAAGAUGGGCAUGCUGCUGUUGUUGCAGGGUUGCUUCGGGAACGCUCUUUUGAAAUGGCUCUAGAGAAAAUCGAGGAAAUGGAAAAGCAUGGCCCUGGGCGAGUACCGACGUGGCUUUACGACAAAGCUACAUUCAUGCUCCUCGAUGUUAAGGAAGUCGAAGAGGCCUACCAGUUGACAGUGAGGCGGCGAAAUCUUGGCAAUGGGGAUAUAUCUCCUGCGUUGUGGCAUAUGCUGCUCGAUGUCGGGAGUGAAGCUUUUCACCACGAGCUUGUAAAGCUCGUUUGGGCCGAACGAGUCGAGCCGAAUUUCUUCAUUCCAUCCUCUGGAAUCUGUUCGAACGUAUUGAACACUGCGGCUCGUCACGGCGAUGCUCAUCUAGCCACUGACGUCUUUCGGGUCAUGUCCAAUCGCAAAACCAUUUUCAGCCAACUAGAUUACGAAAUGCUCCUGGAAGCUUAUAUUACGGCUGGGGAUCUCAAAACUGCGCUUACGGUCCUGGUAGUCAUGGAAGAGGCAGGCGUGAAAGCUGACUUGAAUACUGCAAAUCCCAUAGUUGCAUAUCUCCGGCAGGAUCCAACUAGGCCCAUGCAAGCUUUCAACCUACUGGAAGAGUUCGCCCAAAGCCAGCGGAAAGUUCCAACGGCAGCAGUAAACGCCAUCAUUCAGACAUGCGUUGCCAUGCCAGACCUCGAACAAGCCAUUGAAGUGUACAAAGCGCUUCACACAAUCAGCUCGAAAGGCCCAGAUAUCGAGACUUUCAAUACAUUAUUUCAAGGAUGUCGUACCGCAAGACGCAAGGAACUAGCCAUGUUCUUGGCGGCUGAGAUGAUCCAGCUCAAGAUCAGACCCAACCUCCUGACUUACGACCGGCUUAUCCUUGUCUGUACGGAGUGCGGCGACAUAGACGAUGCAUUCCGCUACUACUACGAAAUGAGGGACCAAGGUUGGCAACCUCGGGACGGAACUUUCUCGUUGCUGAUUCAAAUCAACUACACCAUGGCUUCACUCCUGCGCCAAAUCGUCGCAGGCCCACGCGCCAGGCAUCCAGAAGCUGGCCUGGAUCUCUGCUACGUGACCGACAAAAUCAUCGCAACCUCGGGCCCCUCGGGCACCUACCCCCAACGCGCCUACCGCAACCCGCUCGACGCGCUCGUCAAGUUCCUCGACUACAAGCACAAGGACAAUUGGGCAAUAUGGGAGUUCCGCGCCGAGGGCACCGGCUACCCGGACUCGGAGGUCUACGGCCGCGUCUACCACUACCCCUUCCCGGACCACCACCCGCCGCCGUUCGCGCUGAUCCCGCACAUCAUGGCCAGCAUGCGCAACUGGCUGCACGGGAACGAGGAUAGGGUUGUGGUGGUGCACUGCAAGGCGGGCAAGGGGCGGAGCGGCACGGCGAGCUGCUCGUACUUGAUCAGCGAGGAGGGGUGGAAGGUGGAGGACGCGCUGAAGCGGUUCACGGAGAGGAGGAUGCGGCCGGGGUUUGGGGCGGGCGUGUCGAUACCGAGUCAGCUAAGGUGGGUUACGUAUGUGGAUCGGUGGGCGAAGCAUGGGAAGGUGUAUGUGGAGAGGCAGGUGGAGGUGCUCGAGGUGCAUGUCUGGGGGCUGCGGGAUGGGGUCAAGAUUUCGGUGGAGGGGUUUGUGGAUGAGGGGAAGACGAUCAAGACGUUUCAUACUUUCUCGAGCAAGGAGAGGGAGCUGGUUAGAGGGGAGAUUGAGCAGAGUGCGGGGUUGGCGAGUGUGGUCGCGGAGGUGAUGGGGAAGGGGAAUGGGAAGGACAAGAAGGAGAAGGAGAAGGAGAAAGAGAGGAAGUCAUCGUCUGCACUGGCGGAGGGAAACCAGAAGAGCAAUGUCCAGGCUUUGAGGGGGGCGCAGACAUUCCCGGCCGGUAUCGAUGGGCAGUCCUCGUCGAGCGAGGAUGAGAAAGACGCGCCUCGGGAAGAAGACGAGACAGAAACCGGAGGAGACGUUGUUUUCCGCCCCACAAAACGGGUGGUUCUUCCGACCAACGAUAUGAACAUCGAUGUCGAACGGCGGAACAAAGCGGCGUAUGGCCUCACGAUGGUCACUUCGGUAGCACAUGUGUGGUUCAACGCAUAUUUCGAAGGCAAUGGCUGUGAGAGCGGCGGGAAGCCAGAAGACUCCGGCGUGUUCGAGAUGCAUUGGGACAAGAUGGACGGGAUCAAAGGCAGCAGCAGGAAAGGCACCCGAGCUUUCGACAGGUGUGCUGUGGUGUGGAAGGCAUUGCCAGAAGAAGAGCAACCGCCAGUCGAGAGCACGGAUCCUAGCGAAGGCAAAGAUCUUGGACUACGCAAAGAGACUCCAAUGGGGUCGAGCUCGGACGUCAGCACAGCUAGCAACGUCAAGAGCCAAGUUGGCACAGUACCAGCACACGACGGCCAGGACGAUGUUCACGCGGGUCUCCGAGCCCAUGGACCCAAUGGCGAGGAGCAGAUUGAGGAACCAUCAAGCGCCGACUCCGCAUCGGCACCCGGGCCGCUGCCUCUAUCGAAAGAUCUCCCGCAGCCUGCAGCACCGCCUGCAGAAUCCAGCGCACCAGCGUCUGCAGUACCCCGUGUGCAGUCGCCGGAAACGAUCAACGAGCCCUCAACGAGUAUAACAGGCGUCUCGACAGGCGACCUCCCAGACGGGAAACCCGAAUCUGAGCUCGAGACGCCAAGCGGGCACUCAUUGGGCCACCUGGGCCUGAGAUCGAAGGACUAGCCCGCGUCCAUGAACCGGAACGACGGGAGGGCAGGAUGGGUGCAUGGCGCAGGAGAAGGGCUUUCUUUUUGGGUUCGCGUGAUGGGAUUUGGGUUGGGGACUGCAGGACGCAGAUGCAUGGCGCUUGAGGGUUCUGUGUUGGGUGACUUUGGCUCACGGCACAAUCGUCGGACUAGAUUCUACAAGGCUGCUAUAACUGCACAGUGCGACAAUAUGACACCCUUAUUUAGAAAGUGC